GUCAGUCAGUCGCUCAAUCGGUUCGUCCAUCCGUCGAUUCUACCUAUGGGAUUACCUUACUGUGAUCGGGUUUCUGUUUGUUUAUUGUGCGUCCGUCGUGAUUGCUGAAUCCAAAUCAAAACACAAUUAUCCAAACAACCAGUUUGGAUUUUAUUGACAAAGAAGUUGCAAAAGCAGCACCAUGAGACGUCGAAAGCUUUUAAUUUUCUGGGCUGCUCUGCAGGCCGGCAGCUCCAUCCUCACCUGCCUACUCCUGCUACUGACCACCUCCCAAAACACCCACCAAGUGUCAGCCGGCAUUGUGCCACCGCCCUGGAGUGAUCCCGCCAAGAACCCCUGCGCCAGUAUGGCCGGCGGCUGGCAGUUUCUUUACUGGGCUCCUCUAAAGAAAUGCUUCAAGAUCUUCACACUGGGUUAUCCAUGUCCGGAUACAAUGGAGCUGAGUCCCACGGCGGUGAGUGCCAAGAGGAAGGAUCUGCCAGCGGCAGAGUGCCGGUGUCCGCCAGGAACGGCCCUCAGUCCCCUGACCCAGAAUGUCUGCUAUCAGCUGUAUGAGAGGGGGCCCUGCCAGAAGGACGAGUACUUCCAGCCCAUGCCGGACCAGGGCAAGAGAUCCAGCAACCGAUGGGGCACCUGCAAGCGACCAUUGAGCUGCCCCGAGGGCAUGAUCUUCUGGCCGAGGGACAACAAGUGCUAUGUCCGGCACACCAAGGGGCCUUGCAGUCGCGGGAAGCUGUUGGUCCUGAACGAGGAUGGACUGGCCGAAUGCCAUUGCGAGGAUCAGGGAGAGCUAUCCUUGUACUACUACCCAGCCGAGGACUCCUGCUAUGAGCACUUCACCAAAGGACCCUGCUCGACGCCGGGUCACAUCUUCCUCCCGGGCGGGCGGUGCGAUUGCCAAAGGCACCUGCCCCACUAUCAUGCUCCUCAGCAAAUGUGCUACGAGCUGGACACCCCUGGGCCCUGUCCUCCUGGCCACAUCUUCCGCAUACCCGACGACGCCCACGAGGCGUCAGAGAGCACCCUACAGCUCCUGCCCCGGGCCAAGUGCCUUUGCAAGGAGGGCUAUGUGCCCUGGAGCGACGGCAUCUGCUAUCGGCUGUACACAAGAGGUCCCUGCGAAGUCAAUGAGUUCCUGGUGAACGGAACCAGCUGUGUGCGCAACUUUUGCGGCAAGAACCGCUUGUACUUCCCGGCAGAGGACUCCUGCUACCGGAUCGGAUCUCAAGGACCCUGCUCCCUGCACCAGGUGGUGAUCUUCGACUUCACCGCCAGGCCGUCUGUGGAUGGGAUCUCGUACAAUGGCAUGUGCGGGUGCUCGGGAGUGCUGACCAAUUUGGACCAGCAGUGCUCGGGCGACGGAAGCGAAAAGGAGCAGAACAUAUGCGAGUCCACCCCGGGGAUGGUGGAAAUCAACGGCCAGUGUCAUAAGCUUUAUAGUCGUGGGCCGUGCGGAGCUGGCCAGUGGCUGGAGCCCCUCAAAUCCCAGACAUCGAACGGAACGGGCAUCCUGCCGCACGCCAGCCGGGCCAAGUGCGUCUGCCGGCCGGGAUACACGCCCUCGGAGGCGGAUCAGCGCGGCAUGAGCAACUGCAGCGCUCCCAGCGUCAGCCUGGCGAGGUAUUUAACCAACGAGCGUCUCAACUCAAAGUUCCUCAAUGACCUGCACCUUGGUGGGGCCACCUGAACACCACCUAGAUCUUCCAGCUAUUCUCUAUCUCGCAUGCCCCCCUUUCUCCACCUUUCCACAUCUGUUGUUGCAUGCCCCGUGUUGGUCGAUCGCUCUGAUCUCUUGUUAUUCCAUUAACCACA